UACGUUCGGCUGCGCAGGAAAAAAACAGACAUUAUAUAGAGUGACAAAACGAGGACCACCUUAGAUAGGCUUCAACGUAUGCUUAAAGUGUUUAUGUUGACUUUUUUUAUCAUACACCCCCGAACAUGUCUCAGAGAGCUCGCAGAAACGGCUCUCCGACGUCUAACGUUAGCUGUACCGGAGUGACCACGGGAAGCCCGACUGGAACUGCGGGGAUCUGCGCCACCGGAGUGGGUUUACUGGGUCGCCUGCUUCCCAUGAAAGCCACGGUUCCAUUCCAGCUGAAAUCGCAGACACAGCACCCUCUACAGACACGGACGGUCCUCUCCACCGGUAACGGUAAAUGCCUCGGCAGCGGAUGUGAUCCACCCGGAACCCACAGCCGGAGCCCCACGCGAUCUCUAUCUUCCUCCAGUGCCUCAAACAGUUCUCCGGUCACGUUCACUUCUGCGAUGUGUCCACAGUGCAUCACAUCCACAGUGGCUUCAUCCUCACAUUCGUCAUCAAGAACUAGCCCCGUUAUCUCUGUUCACGCGACAAACACGAGAGCCCACGCACAGGUACCCGUGCCUAACACGGGUGUGCACGUCACCCAAUGCUGCUCACCCUCCCAGACCAGCUCGGACAGUUCAUCCCUCACCUCUCAUUUAUCAGCCUCUCCGUCGUUUUACUCCUCGUGGUCUUGUGGCCAUAGGGUCAAAUCCCAGCAGCCCCCUGAACAUGACAGACUCUCUCCUGAGUCCCAAAGCUCCGGCUCACCUGUCUGCAGAGACAAGCCUAGAUUUCCUGUGGCAGGGUCUUGGUAUACCACCAACAGUAACGGUAGCAUCCGUCGUACCUCCUCUUUGGAUGCCCUCACGGCCCCCUACCUGUCUGGACAUUGGCCCCGGGAUGCCAGACACUCCCCUUGUGCCCCCUGCAUGAGGGACAAAUCCACCCAGACCCCCAGCGCCUGGGCCGAUGAAUGCGGACAGAAGAAGAGGGGCUGUCACAAACGCUCAGCCUCCUGCGGCAGCACUGACCAGCUUAAAGAGAUUGUAAAGUUGAGGCAGCAGCUCCAGCGCAGUAAACACAGUAGCCGUCACCAUCGCGAAAAGGACCGCAAAUCUCCCUUCAAUGGCAACCACACUGCUAUAAGCCAAUCACUGGUGAGUUCUAUCCAGCAGACGCAGAUGGAGGAGAUUGAGGUGUUGUGUUGUCUGUUACCAAGAGAAAGAGAAGGGUUUUUGGGUCAGUCUGUUGUACAUAGGUGGAUAUUUUUUUUUAGGGAUGCAAUGAAAUGAAAACAUUCACAGCCAAACCCAAUAAUUCUGGAAACAUUAUUGCAGUGCU